AUGCAAGACUUCCAUAAUCAAGGGUGGGCUCUCACCCUUCUCAGUCUGCUCCUUUGUGUAUUGGGCACCUUGAUCAUCUACGUGGAGAAUGUGUACUACUUCGUCUUCCCUCGAUUCAUCACCCGACGUUGGCCCAUCAAACUCGAACGAAAUUAUCGUUUCCUUACUUGCCUGAUGGCUUUCAGUUCCGGAGGAUUGCUUUUCACGUCGUUGUUCAGGCUCUUGCUGGAAGGCCGAGAGUACUUGGAACGGGCUACCACCAAUGACAGCAAUUCUAACCUUGACUGGGAACUCUUGGUGGCUUAUUUUGGGGGAGCCACCUUCUACUUGACCUUUAAUUACAUCCUUCAUGUCCUCACCAGCGAACUGGUGAUUCAUUGCUCUCACGGCGAUGAGGAGCAUCAUGGCUUCCAAGAUACCCACGCACACAACCACAAUGCGAGCUCCCAUCACAGUCACAGUCACCACGACGAUGCCUAUGACAACCACUCGGUGCUGCUGACAUUGCUGGCUUCAGCCCAAACUGGGACCGAUUCCACUUAUAAUGAUCCCGAUGAGUCUACGCCAUUAGUAAGAGAAAGCAUUAUUCAUCUUGUUUCGUCUGCGGUUGAAAAUCUGAAAUGCAAGGGAUACUCGCUGGCCGAGCUUUGUGUGUUUCACGCCACAACCGGUGACAAUGAGCUCCACUUUUGCGAAGUGCCCGAGAUGGAAGUAGCUGAAGUCACUGAAGCUGAUUUGCAUCCUGUCAGCACUCGUACAUCAUUCCAUUCCAAACACGACCACCACCACCAUCACGUUAACCUGCCGAAAUCGAGGCUUUUCCUCAUCGGCUUGCAAACCACCCUUGCCAUCACUCUUCACAAGUUCCCUGAAGGGUUUGUGACUUACGUAACAUCGGAGACCGAUCCUCAAUUGGGAGUGCUGGUGUUCUUACUGUUGUUGAUGCACAACUUCACCGAAGGGUUUACCAUGUGUUUGCCGCUUUAUUACAGUUUCAAUGAGACCAGUCGAGCUCGCUUUGCCAAGAUCAAGGCGGUAGCGAUUCUGGCGUUACUUGGUGGUUUAUCCCAACCCCUUGGGGCAUUGCUUGGGGCAGUGUUUAUGGCUUACAACGAAGAUGAUAAAGUGCCUGGCGAGGUUACCCUGAUGUUUGGUUACACUCUCGCCGUGACCGCUGGCUUCUUGACGGUGGUUGCGCUUCAGAUGUUCGGUCUGGCGGUAAGCUUUGGUGGUUCGUUGAACCGAACGAUGGUGUGGUGUUUCAUUGGCAUGUCGAUCAUCGGCUUUCUGGGGGUGUACGUUGAGUAG